AUGCCGGAGGUGAUGGGGCCCAAAAGCCCGGACGCCAAGAAGUCCUGGCGCCAGCGCUUCCUGCGCCGGCACCACCUCACCAUUCGACGCAUCUGCCACUCAGGCAGCAAGACUCUAGAAGAACUGAAAGCUCUGCGGCUGCCAUUUGUCGAGGAAGUGACUGAGGUAGCGACGCAGCAUUGUAUCUUUGACCCUAAUACUAGCCUCACGGUUGUACCUGCACUGUUCAAUAUGGACCAAACGUCUGUGUACUGGGACAUGGGUACGAGGCCAACAGUGGAAUUGUCGGUGCCCCAACUGUGCGCUCAACCACAAACGUGA